AUGGCUAGGACGAAAGUAACCUCACGACGACCAGGAGGAACCGCCCGGAACGCAAAAAUGAGCAAGCCACGAGAAACGCCAGAAGAGCUGUACGCCGCCGCUCUGCAACUAGUCGAAAGAUCUGAGCCCGAUGCUGCGCUGGAGAAGGCGACGAGUCUCUUCGCGCAGGUCAAGGACCGCAGUCCGUCUCAAGUACUACCGGCUGUGAACCUACUGGGGGAAAUCAACGUUGAGCUCGGAGAUGUCGACAAAGCUAGGGAGUGGUUCCUUCACGCCACGCGCUUGGACCCGGAGGGCAAACUACCGGAGACGGUGGGAGGGGGAGCAGAGAAGUUCCUCUGGCUGGCGCAGCUGUGUGAGGAAGGCGGACAGGAGAGUGUGAAGUGGUUUGAGAAAGGCGUGCGCGCUUUGCAGGCCGAGAUUGUCGCUUUGGAAAGCGGAGACGCUCGCCCUGCCGUGAUGGACGAAGAAGCGCUGCUGAUCGCACGGUUGGAAAAGAAGCGCAAACUAGCCAAUGCGCUCUGCGCCAUCGUCGAAGUCUACAUGACCGAUCUCUCCUGGGAAGCAGACGCAGAAGCACGGUGCGAAAACCUGCUCACCGAAGCCAUGACGGUGGAAGACGAGCCCAGCCCGGAAGUCCUGCAAACCCUCGCUUCCGUGCGACUAUCGCAAGACCGAAAAGCAGACGCGCAGGCCGCGCUCACGCGCUCCAUCGACGGGUGGAAGGAUUUGGAGCCCGAAGACCCCGGCGUGCCGGACUUUCCGACGCGCAUUUCGCUCACGCGACUACUCAUGGAAGCGGAGAUGGAGGAGCAGGCGAUGACUGUGCUGAAUCGUUUGAUUCUGGAAGACGACCAGAGCGUGGAAGCUUGGUAUUUGGGAGGGUGGUGCCAGCACUUGCAAGCGGAGCGGCUCAAAGAAACCACUUCGACCGGAACGGAGGGCCCUGACUCGGAGCGCGCGCAGUUAGUGGAGGAUAUCAUGAAGGGCAGCAGGCAUUGGUUGAAGACCUCGAUGAAACUGUACCACCUGCUGGAGUAUGAGGAUGACCGGCUGUUUGAUCACGCGAACGAACUUGUCACAGGCCUUGACGCGGUACUGGGUCCUGAGGAGGAAGGCGAGGAUGCGGAAGGCGGAGACUACGAGGACGAAUGGGACGGCAUCAGCGAGGAAGAGGGUGGCGAAAUUGACGAAGAGAUGAAGGAUGUCUGA